ACCAACAAGAUGGAGGUUUAUUUAUCUUCAGAGACUGAAUCAUAUUAUUUGAAAUCUGUGAAAUUUUAAGAAUAAUAUACAAUGAGUGUUUUAAAAAUACUGAAAGGAACGUUUCACAACGUUCAGCAAGAUAUAGUUGAUGGACUUCGGACACUCACUUCAUCUGAUGGCCAGCCAAGACAUGAACAGCUACGCAAUAUUAAAAAUAAAGAAAUAAAUUUGAACGUUGGUGCUGAUUUGUUAUAUGGGUACCAACAAACAUGGUCAGCUAUUCAGGCAGAGACCAAAGACUCAGCAAAGAAAGCAGAGGAGGUCAGUACUUUAUUACAGCCCAUGUUUCAAGUCUGGGAUAAAUGUGGUGAGUCGGUGACGCAGUUGGAGGAAGAGGUGAAAAACAUUCCCAGCAUUCUCAAUACUCUUGAACAACUUCAGAAAUUGAUAGCUGGACUUCGCCAGGACUUCAUUGUAGCAGAAAAAGGGCUUGAGGUUCUAGAAAAUUUGUGUGAAGAACAAGAAUUAAAAAAGAAUUUUCUUAUAGAGCAGAAAAAACUGACAGCUUAUAGAUUACAAAAAGAAAGUGAAGCUGAAAAAAUUAAAGUUGUGAUGGCACAAGAUCAUGCCAAAAAAAUGGCUAAAUUAGAAAGCCAAAAAAGAAUUAACCUCCAAGAACGUGCUGAAGUUUUUACUUCUGCUUUCCAAGAAGAUCUGGAGUACUAUAGGACACAUGGCCAUCCAGAUCGUGUUCCAACAGAAUUUCCAAAAGUUUCAAGUUUGAGUGAAAUAGUAAUUGAAGAAGAUAAACAGGAGUUGGACUCCUUUCUUGGUCCACCUGAUGGCUCCCAAGAGUUGUCAGGAGAAAAUGCAUACAUUGAAGAUGAUUACCUAGGAGAUUUCUCUGUCAAAGAAGACACAGACUUCAUAGAAAAUGUUGAGUACAUUAAUAGCACUAUAGUAGAGAACAUGGCCAUUGUAGGGGACCAUGAGGAUUAUGAAGACUCUCCCUUGACCAGAAGCUUUGAUUCUUCAAAAGGUGCUACUGCAAGAGACAAAGAAGAUGAAAACAGUGAGAUGGGAGAACAGUUUCUAUCGAGGAAUGCCCUGGAUAACAAAUUCAGGACACUGACAACCACAAGCGAUAGCUCGGAGCACGAUGGUGAAAAUCAUGGACCAGAUGCCAGCCAGUCAAAGACACCUUUACAUACUGAGACUGAAGUAGAAAAAAGAUUGACAGAAGAGGAAAGAUGAGUUUUAGAUGUUCACUGUAAAGGAGGAGGUUGAUGCAAAAAAUUAUAUUGUGGCUGUUAAUGAUAAAUAGGCUGCUUUGCAAGUGUUAAUUAUAUGAUAUAAUGAUAGUAUCUAGAAAAUGUCUACAAUCGCCUGUAAAUAUUCUUAUUCAUAGACGUGGGUUGAGAUUGUUACAUUUUUAAUAGUUAUAAUUUAGACUUUUCCAAUUUUAAAAUAGCUUCACAAAUUAUUUUAUUUUUUCAAUGUUAUAUGUGCAAUGGUCAAAUUAAACAUAUAUACAACUUAUAAACUAAUAAUUUAAUUUCAUGUCCCAACUUACACCAAAUGUGCCUUUAUCAGAAUAAGUAGAAAUUUCAUUAUCAAGAUUUAAUUGGUUUUGGUUGUAUAAUUGGUUGCUUUUUUUUUAUACUAUAUCAAUCAGAAAUUAUUUUUUCAAGAUAGAAAUCAACAAAGGUGAAUAUUUUUUGUUAUAUUAACAUUUUCCCUUAGAAAGAGAAUUAGCUUAAAAAUAAUUUACAAUGAAAUAUUUUUGCCAUUUCUUUUUAAAAUUAUAUAUAAAUCUAUAAAUUAAAAUCUUAAAGUUUCGAUAUUUGUUUUUUACUGCUUUACUUUUAACAUGUGAUAUAGUUAUUCUGUCCAAAAAUCUUUUAAUUUUCUCCAUUUGUUUUGAAGUCUUACUAUCUCUUCAUCUAUUCUUAAUACUUUACAUUUAUUGAUUUGAAAUGUUGUUUAUGAAUGUAAAUGUUUUUGUCACUUUUCUUAAAUGUUUAACUAAUACAAAAUGCCAACAACAUUUUUUUGUUCAUUUAUUUUUAAAUGAAAUACAAUAAAUGUCUUUUUUUGUAGUUAAAUAAAUAACAUCUUUUGAGAAUCAAGAAGCAGAAUUUAAGUAGGCCUUUUUUUUUUUAGAAGGGCUAAGCAACAAUAUAACAUAUAUAUAUCAUAUACCAU